AUGUUCCAACAACAUCCGCUCGACGUGAACGUGAAACUUCUCCGCCGCUUCUACGAACCAUUGACUCUUCUUAGGGUGAUGGAUCCAACUCGUGGAGCACAGCGUCCUGAUUUGACAUUGGACCGUGGCUUGGACGAGCAGUCAAAGUUUUGGCGCAACUUCCUCGAUCAGCUUGCAUUCCUAUGUGAUUUCGAAAAGGGUGGGGAUACGGUGACUGCUGUUGCCGUACAACGGACUGUUGAAUAUCCAAUCUUUUCCCUCGCAUCCAACUCAAAAUCGAGGACCAAGGCAGGAGCCCAUCUCCGCUGGAUUCUCGCCUCGCUCGGACAGUUACAUACGACCGAAAAGACAGCCCCUCAGGUGGAAGAUGAGAUGACCAAUCGAUGCAUCGAAUUUAGCCAUCGAAGGAUCAAGGUAUAUUCUGCAUGGCUCGUUCGCGCCAUCCGAAACGCUACGAGGACCAUAGGUGAUGUCGGGAAUGCUGAAGAUGCAUUUAUUUUAAGGGAAUUUCAGCAAUUGGAGAAUCUCGAAUCAACUCCUCAUCAACUAUGUUCACAUGCUCACGCUCUCCGGAGAAGUAGAUUUCUGGAAAUCCUUACCAUCCGGCACGUUGCACACUCACAUCGUGGGGUCUGGUCUGACAUUCGUCAUUAUCUCGGGCGAUUAGGAUCCUGGUCGAAGGCCGUGCGCAUUUUGAUCCUUGGCGCCGCGACGUUUCCUCAGCGGAUUGAAAAUGCCCAAGUCGAAAUCAUUGGGACAAACGGGCCAGCUGAUUUGCCGAACAAGCAUCACUUGACUGAUCUCAACGGUGUCGUGAAACGCAUGGUUCCCAUCGACCAAACUGCUAUGGUUGCACAGUUAAAUCAAGCACUCUUGGAAGCCAACGCGGUUGCUCAAGUCGAGGACAGAUUUCGAGAGGAGUACGCGCAUAUCAAGCCCCGUCCACACGCUGAAUUACUUGUUCUCGAAUACUUCCAUCGUAAUGGACUUGACUUCGCCACAGAUGAUAGAUACAUCGGGUGCAGCAAGCCUUCAUGCUACUGCUGUCACAUCUAUAUGCAAUGCCACCCCGGCCGAUUUGCGCCCCGGCCCUGUCAUGGGAAUCUGUGGAUCCACUGGGCCCCUCCGUACCCGCUUCCACUUGCUGACCGUGGUGCGCCGAGGAACGCAGUCCGGCCACAGGGACACCAUACCUUCAAAAUGCUGCAGGAAAUGCUUAUUUCCAUCCGCCGAGACUUACAGGAACAAAUAUUGUCUAGGAGACCCAAGAGAGCAAGGCUACCAGAUUCCACAACUGGAAUGUCCAGUGUCGUGCUUGAUGUAGACGCACUUCUAGCCUCCGCUCAAAACAUUGGUCAGUCCCAAGACGGCCACGAUUACGAUGGUACAAACGAUCUCAGUGGACCAGCGUCGGUACCGAACGAUUUCGGGAGCGAGACUACGGGAGAUGGCGCACUACACGAAGACAUAUCUAAAACCGAACAUGACCUAAACGACAAACAGGAAAAAAAGAAAUCUCAUGAUAUGCAACAUAUCGAACCAGAAGCCCUUUCAGAAGGCGAUGACGCAGGAAUCUUACUGUUCUGGGGAAGAGAGACUCUUGUCUCAUCAGAGACAGGUUCAGAUAUAGAACACAGAUAG